UUUGUGACUCGAGCAAUCCAGGGUCGCAUUACCCGCUUUGGUGUCAGAUAUUCUGCUGUUAGCAAAAGAAAACGGAUAGCGGUCCAGCUAUUAAAAGAUUUUCCCUCUAUUGGGGUCAAAGGACAAAUAGUGCAAGUGAAACCGAGCGUUAUGAUAAAUCGACUACAUCCGUAUAACGGAGCAGUGUACAUGCACUUGCCUGACUCUAAACCUAGAAUUCCUGUGGUUGAGCCGAAGGAGGCGGACCUAAUGUCCAAGCGUCCGGAACAACAGGGUACUGAGUCACAAACGUUGACCUUGGAUGAUCUGAUAUCUUUUGAUUUGAAUCAAUUACUUGUCUCUGAGAGAGAUGCAAUCAUUGCAAAGUUACCUCGUCGCGUCUUGUUCAGAGCCGAGAAGUCUAACAACAAAUUGCGGAACCCGAUCUCAGGAAGCAGAGUGCUCAUGACCUUAAAUAGAAUGGUUACACAAGGUUUGCAACAAAAUGAGGAUCCAGACCAGGUGAAUGCGUUUUUCGCGGAUUCUCGCUUGAAGUUAGACAUUUUGGAUCAAGAAGAAAAUCGUAUAGAUUACAUUCACGAGGAUGGCGUCUACUCUGCGCAGCUAACCGACUUGCGCGACGGUGGAAAACUGGUGCACAGGUUCACGAUUGGUGUGAAUGUUAACUAAGGUUAUAUUGUAAAUAGAUCGACAUAUAUAUAAUCAACGUAGCGAAAAACAGGA